AUGAAUCCAUACCACGCUGCAGCAUCGGCGCAAGACGAUGAUUCGUCCUCUUUUUCGCAAUUGGCAUCCAACUCCUCUUCCGAUCAGGAUCAGAGCCAGGGCCCUGGCAUCGGCCCACUCAACCCAGAUGUCGUCGCAAAUCCUUGGAACACCUCUUUGCUGUGGUCUUCCGGCAUUUUGGACAACCGAGAUCCGCGCUCCACCUUCUCGCCCUCCGCCAAUUGGCGGAACAUGUCCAUGCCAAGCAAUGUCGACACCGCUCCCAUCAGCUACUACUUCUCCUCGUCCACAGCAGGGGACUCGGUCGAUUUUUGCUUCUCUGGCCACGGCCUGUCCGUUCUUGACUAUCGUGGUCCCACACGCGGCAGGUACAAUCUCACCGUCGACAAUACUACCUCGGUCAUCAUCGAUGCCUACUCGAGCACUGAUGAGCUUGCCAAGGCGUCCGGUGCCGAACUGCCCCCCGCCAUCUGGACUUCCGAGACCUUCGACGAAGGCAAUCAUUACGUCGUCAUGACCAACCUCAAUAACGUCUCCGACAUGAACUUUUGGGGUGUCGUCAUCAAUCCCAACAACUACAGGCCAGGCAAAUCCUUCGUCUCCUCCGGCACCAACACCAAAUUGAUCAUCAUCGCUUCGUCGGUCACCGCUGUCGUCAUGUUUGGCAUCUUCAUUCUCAUCGGGUCGCUCAUCUACUACUACAAGCUCGUUCGACCUCGAAGACGCCUUCAGGCACAGAUUGACACCGAGCGCAAGGACGCAGCAUUGCUCACUCGCCCCUCGAGCUCCAACGUAGUCACUGAUAGCUAUGGCAGGUCGUUGUCCAGCUCCUCAUCGACGCGACUGCGGCUCGACACUAAUUUUCUCGCAAGUCAAGGUGACCUUGGCAGAGCACCCAGCAGAAUCACUGCCACCACGAACGAAUCACAAUUCUGGGUCCGAUCCGAGACCGACUUGGCCCUCGCUCUCGACAACAGGCGCUCAACCAGGACGCCGGCGGUCUUCCAGGAAAUUCGGCUCGGGUCGGUUCGAGACUCUGCUGCAUCCUCUCCUGUCGAUCUCAGCCCUACAAGCGACUUUGACGCCUCUUCGACAAUGUACAACACUGAGCUCGGCCAGCCUCUGUCCCCACUUUCACCCACGAACCCGGCUUACGCCCCUGCACAAACAUUGAGCAAUCAAGCAUCCUUCUGGGGUGCUGCUCCUGCGCUGCAACGCCAGGCCUCGACACAUCAGCUGCCGUCACAUCGCCACUCGAACUCGCUCAAUUCAGGCUCCAUUGGCGAUCACUCCGCCGCACAGGCCGCAAGAACUGCCGACACGUCGCUGCAACAUGUUCGAGCCGCCUCAACGCCCGACGCGAACCCGUUCAAAGAUCCUCGCUCGACCAUGGCGCUGAGCAAUCUCGCAAGGACCGGCUCGCGUCGUCCGCUUCCCACCCCUCCCACAGCAGCAGCUUCGCCUGUUGGCCCGAUGCCACCUCAAUCUCCCGCAGUUGCAGGUCCGCCAUUCCCUGAAGCCGGCCAGAGGCACUCAACGUCUAUACCCGAGCACCCGUCGGCCUCUCUUGGUCGCAGUGCGUCCCAACACUAUCGCUUUGAGCAAGACGCGUGCUCCUUCCACCUCUCCGACGACGGCAUGGUCGAUGAUCAUACCGGCGAGACGCUGCUUCCUCCACCCUACGCGCCCAGAGACAUGGGCAGACAUUUCAGAUAA